GGCCGGCAAGCACCCGCUCACUCAUUCGCACGCCACCUUCAACCUUGAGACACUGAAUCAUUCAACUGGCCAACUGCUAUAUAACAGAAACGUAGUGUUAGGUCAAGCUCGCUAGGUGAUGCCCUUUGACUUACAUCCAUUAUCCAUCAUAUAUUAUCAUAUCCCUUUGUAUUGAAUCAAUCCAUGUAUGCAUUAUAUAUCUCCCUCCUCCUAUGACCAUGACUAUAUGUAAACCUAAUACGACGGCGACGACAACGAUAAUGACGACAAGCCUUGUCGAGUCCUGCUGCACUUGUGCAACUUUACUUUGCAAUGUCCCUCGCUACAGCGAAUCGGAAAAGCCUUUACCGUUGCAUCGCCAAUUGGAUUGCUGUCGAAGAGUAAUAUGUGGCAAAUGCCUUAAUAAUAACCCGCGCUUCAACACCUACUGUCCCUAUUGCCAGAUCUCACUCACAGACACAACCCUACCGCAGGGUCUAAGAGAUCCUCCUUCUUACGAAUCCUCAGUUACGGCCAGUUCCUCCUCCAAAGGCACAGUGGCAUCAGCAGCGCCGCCGCCCUAUACCCCUUCCGCAACGCAAAAGCCAUCAAAUCAACUAGAUGAGAAGCAUGACUCUCCCCAAGAGCUAACCGAGGACACUUUGCACUUUCUGAACCAUGCACACGAUAGUAUUCCCUCUCUAUCUCUGCGCUAUGGCGUACCUGCGUUUGCCCUGAGACGAGCCAACAACAUCGCGAGUGAUCACUUAAUUCUAGGUCGGCGGACUGUGAUAAUACCCGGCGAAUUUUAUAAGGGCGGCGUCAGCCUAUCGCCGCGACCAAUCGAGGGUGAGGAGGAGGAAGCUCGGAAAUCGAAAAUUCGCCGGUGGAUGGUAGCAUGCAAAGUCCACGAGUACGACGUUGCCGUUCUAUAUUUAGAGCAGGCCAACUACAAUCUUGAUAUGGCGACCGAGGCCUUCCUUGCGGACGAAGAAUGGGAGCGGGCACACCCCGUUGAAGCAGUGGGCAAAGGGAAGAGGGCUACUAAACGGGCAAGUGGUAGAAACGCAUAUUGGAGUAGCCGGACAUGAUUCCAAUGGGCAUCUUGGUAUAAUACUCUUGGACUUAAAAGGCUUUUUCAUAGCUCUACCAAAAUAAAAGGUGCAUAUUUAUA